AUGCCAGAAGAUAAUACAAAAAAUUUAAAGUUUAACCACAUUACUAUAAACUAUUCAAAUGAUAUACAUGGAAAUUUCAUAUCUUUACCAAACUCUAUCAUUCAGAUUUUAGAUUCUACUGAUAUACCCAUUCAUGAAUUUGGUAUAACUAUUUUUGAUAGCAAAACCUCAUUGUUGCAUGCUGGCUGGAAUGGAUAUGAGUCUCUACCCUUAUUUAAUGGCUCACAAACUAUUUCAAUAAAUCCAAUAUUAGCACAAGCACAUAACAUUGCACACGGCUCAACAGUUUCUUUAGAAGUUAUUAAUUAUGACAAAUCGUCAAUUGCAGACGAGGUACAUAUCAUCCCAUUAGCAAGCGAUGAUUGGGAAUUAAUUGAAAGUAAUACAAUUUAUUUACAAGAUGAAAUCUUACAACAAACACGAGUUAUUGCUAGGGACGAAAUACUUUUAUGUCAUAUUAAUAAUAUGAUCUGCCGAUUUAAAAUUAAUAAGAUAGUUCCAGAAAGCCUUCAGAGUGCAAGAAUAUUUAAUAAUACUUUAAUAAUUGUGGAACCAAAAGAAAAUAAACUAAGAAGACCAAAAAAUAUUUCUUCUCAAAACAAUGAACUCUCUAACAAUUUGUUUCCCUUAGAAAUUUAUAGGUCAUUGUGGAAAAUGGAAAAGAUUGAUACAUCUAAUAAUUCAAUUUUCGUAGGGUUUAUUAAUUCUAAACAUUUUAAAUCACCAUUAGCAUAUGUGUCAAUAAUAAAUUUUGAACUUAGCCUUAAGGAGAAACCAUCAGUCCCAAGUGAGUGUAGUGACAUGUCAAACAAAAGAAUUGCCAUUGAAAUUAGAUGCAACGAUAGUGUACCGACGGGACAGAUAUUACUAUCUGAAAAUAUUUGGAACUCCAUAGGUAUGGAACCAAAUAACGGCUGUAAGAUCAAUAUUGAAUUUAUAGUUGCAAAUAAUCAAGAAAACGUCACUGAAUGUAAAAUUAUAAUCCAACAAUGUACAAAUGACAAAAACGCUGAAUUACAAUUAAUCGAUGAAGAUUUAUUAAAGGGUAAAAUAGAUAAUUCUCAUUAUAAUGUUUUAACUGAUGGUCAAUAUUUAUCCAUGGAAAAUGUAUAUAUUCGGAUUGUAUCUAGUAAAAAUGGUAAACAUAUUCCAUUUUUGCAACUUAAUAACAAAGAUAAAUUAAACUAUAUUAUCAAAGAAAACAUUAAUUUGGAUCGUCAAUUAGGCGUAUCCGCUAAAUAUGAUGAAAUUGUUGCUUGUCAUGACAAGUAUUUAAAAUUAAAUGAAAUUGAUAAUGAAAUAUUGGACUAUAUUACAUUCCCAUUUUUACCAUCUCCCGGUGUAAUUAUAGAGGGAACUUCCUAUCUAGGUAAGACAACUAUGUUAAAAGAACUUGCCAUGCAAUUACAAGUAAGCUAUGGAUAUUUUACCAAGUAUGUUGAUUGCAAAAAUAUCCAUGAGACUACAAGUUUUGAAAGAAUGAAAAAAUUGAUCGAUAAUUGGAUUGAUAUUUUAAAAUUUUAUCAACCAUGUAUCUUAAUAUUAGAUGAAGCUAACAUCUUAUUCCCCAAUAACAAAUCAGAUGAUCCUCAACAGCAAAUCCUAUUACAACAGGGAGAAUCUGUAAGUUCGAAAAUUACAUUAUAUUUUAUUGACAAAAUGAAUGAAUUAUUCAAAUCUGAUAUUAAUUGUGUUCGAGUAAUAUUUUCAGCAAUUGAUCAAGAAUCGUUAAAUAGUUUAUUUUUCACUAAACAUUUUAUUGUUGAGAAUUGGAAGUUAAUGCCACCAAAUGUCAACGGUAGAGAAAAAUUAUUGAAAUAUUUCAAUGCUCAAACGCCUAUAAUUAAUAAUGAUGACUCAUAUCACAAUAUAGCAUUAGAAAUUGAAGGUUAUUCACCUCUAGACAUCAAACAUUUAAUUGAACAAUUAUAUUUACAAAGUCAAUUUCCCGACAAAUUACAUGAUAACGAAGAUGAAUUAAUCUCUUCAUGUAUUAAAGAAUUCAAGCCUAUGUCACUAGAAGGUAUCAAAUUAACUAAAAAUACAGGGGUCAAAUGGACUGAUAUUGGAGCGUUACAAAAUACAAAGCGAGUAUUACUAGAAACAUUAGAAUGGCCUAACAAAUACGAACCAAUUUUCAAGAAUUGUCCAUUACGGUUAAGGUCUGGUAUCCUAUUAUAUGGAUAUCCUGGUUGUGGUAAGACAUUACUUGCCAAUGCCAUUGCUGAACAAUGUGGAUUAAAUUUUAUCACUAUCAAGGGACCUGAAAUAUUAAAUAAAUAUAUCGGUGCUAGUGAGCAAAAUAUACGAGAAUUAUUUGAUAAGGCAAUGAGUAUCCAGCCAUGUAUAUUGUUUUUCGAUGAAUUUGAGUCCAUUGCACCCAAAAGAGGACAUGAUUCUACGGGUGUCACUGAUCGUAUUGUAAAUCAAUUAUUGACACAAAUGGAUGGUGCUGAAGGGUUAGAUGGUGUGUACGUUUUGGCUGCCACAAGUAGACCGGAUUUAAUUGACCCUGCAUUGCUAAGACCAGGCAGACUGGAUAAAAGUAUUAUAUGUGAUAUGCCUAAUCAUCAAGAAAGAGAAGAAAUUUUGCAAACCAUUACAAGCGUGAAUACAAAUCUGCCAAAUAAAAUCAUUAUCGAUGAAAAUGUAAAUUUGAAUGAUAUUGCCCAAAAGACAGAAAAUUACACUGGUGCUGAUUUACAAGGAUUAUGUUAUAAUGCGUAUUUGAAAGCUGUCCACCGCUCUUUAGAAUCGGAAAAUGUGCCCAAUAAGGGAACCACUGUAGAAGAAAAUAGUCAUCGAAUUGAAGACGAAGAAUAUUUCAUUAUCAACGACAAUAAAGGAGAUGGCUACAUCUAUAAGAAUGCCAGUGCUAAUUCCAGCACCCAGAGUCCCGCCACCCUUAAUCCGCAUACGGUUAAAGUGACUCCAGAAUGCCUGACUAAAGCAUUACAUGACACAAAACCCAGUAUCUCACAACACGAAUUAGCCAAGCUACAAUCUAUAUACACUAAAUUUGUGGCAGAACGUGAAGGUAAACUGCGUGACGGAGAAGCACCCCAAGAGGUCAGCAGCAGACUGUCUCUGAUGUGA